CAAAAACAAAUCAUGGGAAAACUUACCCUGAUCGCUAUUCUGUUGGCUUGCGUAGCCGUGUCAUUACAGUCGCCGACCAAACAAGUCGACCAAAUGGUUGAUUAUAUCAAUAAUUUGGGAACAACGUGGAAGGCAGAAAAACAGUUUGACGACUCGUAUUCAUUGGAUUACAUCAAAGGCCUGAUGGGAGUGCCGGCACUGACCGAACGGGCAUUCGGCUCAACACCCGCUUACGAUCCGGAGCUGGAAAUACCGGAAACCUUUGACGCCCGCACUCAGUGGCCAACCUGUGCCUCAAUCAAAGAGGUCAGAGACCAGGGCUCGUGCGGCUCGUGCUGGGCGUUCGCCACCGUUGAAGCCAUCAGUGACCGCAUAUGCAUCGCAUCGCAGGGCAAACAACAGGUAGAGGUGUCGGCCGAGAAUCUGGUGGCCUGUUGUAGCGCUUGCGGUAACGGGUGUAGAGGCGGUUGGCCCGAACAGGCCUGGAGUUACUACGAGCGCACGGGUCUGGUGUCGGGCGGUCUGUACGCCUCGCACGUCGGUUGUCAGCCAUACUCUAUCAACGCGUGCGAACACCACGUGUCCGGACAUCUGCCGCCCUGUGAUAAGGAGCUCCGGCCGACACCCAAAUGCCAGCACACGUGCGAAGCCGGAUAUAACGGCACCUACGCUAAGGACUUGCAUUUUGGUAAAUCUUCGUACGGAUUCAGUAAUGAGAAUCAGGCGCUACAACAGGAUAUCAUGAAGAAUGGACCCGUCGUCUCAACUUUCCAGAAUUUGUCGACUCUAUUAAUCUUCUAUUACGUGAACUAUUUUCAAAUCCUAUUCAUUCCCAUUACCUUGGUCAUUGUCGCGCCUUUAGAUCGUAAUCAAUGUCCUGAACCUUGGAUAUUCCCCACAUGGAUGGUCGGUGUGCGCAAAAAUGGCCUCGAUAUGGACGACAUGUCCCGGUGCCCAAAGGCGGUGGACGCACAGCGUAUAUGCAAUUUACUCGAAAAGAACUGGCGGUACGAGUGCCGCAAAAAGCGGCCCAAAUUCUGGAGGGCUCUCUUCUGGACAUUUGGCAAACACUAUAUUUUGCCAUUUUGCGUAUUUUUAUUCGAGGAAAGUGUAAUCCGUAUCGCUCAGCCCAUUUUGCUCGGGUAUGUGAUUGACUACUUCAGUGGCGUACCCGCAGUCACUUACCAGGAGGCUUGUGUGGCUGCGGCGGGAGUGUGCCUGUGCUCAGCCCUGUUUAUUACACUACACCACCCGAUGCUAGUGUUUAGCCAAGAGGUCGGUAUGCGUAUGCGGAUCGCCAGCUGUGCGCUCAUGUAUAAAAAGUCACUCAAAUUGAGCCGAGCAUCGCUCGGCAAGACUACUGUCGGUCAAAUUGUUAACAUUAUGUCCAACGAUGUGAACCGUUUUGACGAGUUUUCUACAUUUGUACACUAUCUGGUGUUAGGACCGGUACAGGCAGUGAUUGUGUCCUACAUUAUGUAUACACAUCUCGGAUGGUCAGCGUUUGUCGGCGUGGCUCUACUCGUACCGUUCAUACCGUUUCAAUUGUUUAUUGGUAAACUGUUCUCGAUGUUUAGGUAAAU